AUGUAUAGGCCAAAUUCUGUGUGGACGUGGGCCUUUGUUGGGGUGACUUGUGUGCAGACCGCCAUAGUCCUAGGCUUCGAAGCAUACGUCUUCGCUCUUUUUCAAACAAGUCUCCAUCCACCACCUAAAGGCGCCGACGCUAAUGACUACCAACAUACUAUCCCAACCUUUCUUACUCUGUACAUCUUCGGUUUUGUCUACGAACUGAUCCUGGCCUACGAUGCCCUUCGGCUUAAGAAUACAAUUCAAAUCAUUGGGCUUUGCCUUUACAACCUCGGUCUGUUGAUAUAUGCCGCCGUUCAGAUGGCUGAAAUCGAUGACGCUGUGAAAAGUCUGGGUUCUCGUGGAACUUCCACAACCUGGAGUGCUGUCAAGCCGUUUCUCAUCGCGAUUCCUUGCGUGAUAGCAGUAGGCUCAAUUGCCAUGUCAAUUGUGGCACGAAAAAUCUACGACGAAUUCGCCUGGACCAUCUACAAGCAUAUCAGUGCGGAUUUGAGGAUGAAAAGGCGGUACCUAACAUAUCAGAUCUACAUCGCCCUCCUCAAAUUCGACUUCUUCUUCUUUCUUGGGUUCACCGUCCAAUUCGUGGUUGUCGUCGUGGAUGUCAAGGAUAUUGAGUUUGGUCUGACGAUCGCCGCAAUCCCAGUCACAAUCCUCAUCCUUGUUAUGGCCGGGUAUUUUACUCGAAAGGAGAGCUUGUCGGGCAUGGUUGCCACCAUUAUCCUUUACUUUGGAGGACUGGCCUACUUCCUCUUCAAGCUCGUCCGGAUGUAUCAAAAAACCCAAAGGGCCAAGCGCUAUCUACCUGCUCGCAAAAGCCUCACUUCUUUUGCAGUGAUCACAAUCGUUCUGAUUAUCCUCACCAUCAUUAACGCCACUAUGUGCGCCUUGAACUUCAGACACGGACUAAAGCCUUACAUCGCGAAUCGAAAAGUGGAAAGCGAAGAUGAAAAGCCAAAUAUGAUGGAGAUGCCUAAUCUCUCGCAUGGUCCAGUACCCAGCCGUAUGACGAUUGAUUGA